AUGCCAGCCAUAUCUAGGCUUUUACCGUCUAUAUCACAGCCCGCGUUACUAAAUUCGUUAAAGAAGCUAUCCAAGUAUAAAUUAUCCCUAUGGGUCACAGCGACGGGUGCGAGUGGCUUCCUCAUGAUCUCGCCGGCCAUUUCAGCGAGUCUUCUAUCAACUUGCGGGGGCAUAUUCUUGUGUAGCGCAGCAGCGAACACAUUUAACCAGAUAAUUGAAAGAGAUAAGGACGCGUUGAUGGUACGCACCAUGGACAGGCCACUUCCCAGUAAAAUCAUGACACAUCACCAGGCAAGCGUGAUAGGAGCAGGUUUCACAGUUUUUGGGGGACUAAUGCUGUAUGUGAGCGGAGGCGUAUAUCCGAUGAGCCUAGCACUGAUGAACAUAGCGCUUUAUACACUGGUCUACACGCCUCUGAAGAAGAAAACGCAGUGGAACACGCACGUGGGAUCAGUUGUUGGAUGCAUUCCUCCUCUGAUAGGGUGCUUGUCGGCAGGGAGUACACUGUUGCUGCCACAGCCGUGGCUCCUCUUCGGACUAAUGUACGUGUGGCAAAUACCGCAUUUCUACACACUUUCAUGGCUAUAUCGCAACGACUACAACAAGGCCGGGUUCAAAGUAUACGGAAUAGACGACGCGUCAGGAAAGAAAACAGCGACAGCGUCAAUGAAGUGGAUUACGCUUCUGUCGGCUUUUCCCCUGUUUUACAGCUUGAGUGGGUUAAUACCGCCCGAGUUGUUAUUUGCAACUGUGUUUCCAAACAUAGUUAUAACCCAUAAGGCAAUGAACUUCUAUAAGGAUCCUAACACUAAAACUGCCAGCAGCCUCUUUGUCAAUUCACUGUGGCAAAUUCUCGUUUUAAUGGGCCUAACAUCGUACUAUUUGUGUAAUUUAAGGCCCGUUGAAGACUUUAACUCUAAACCAUCCUUAGAAAAGCCAGAUGAAUAA